CCCCGCUCCGCGAGGACAUCACGUCACGCGUGUCGGGUGGGACGCGGACGGACGCCGGCGGCACACCUCGGAGCCCACCCCGCCGGUGUGUCCUGCGCGUCCUGCCACUGGCCCGCGGCCGCAGUCGGCCACAGCCACCGCCACGAGCCGACCCGGCUCCGAGCCCCCGCCAUGGCAGACAACCACGGUUACGAUGAGGACUCCACGACGACGGUGAUCAGGAGGCCGUCGGUCAACCGCGCCGACGACACACCUCGCAAGAAAUCCAACGCCCGCACAGAUGCCGAGGUCCCAGAGAAGAAACUUAAAUACCCCAAAGUGGUGUUCUUCAUCAUCAGUAACGAGUUCUGUGAACGCUUCACCUACUAUGGCAUGCGCACUGUCCUGUCCCUCUUCCUCAAGAACGCCCUGCGGAUGGAGGAGAGCGAUGCCACGAUCACGUACCACGUCUGGACCAUGCUCUGCUACUUCUUCCCCGUCGUGGGCGCCAUCAUCGCCGACAGUUGGUUGGGCAAGUUCAAAACCAUCGCUAUUCUCUCCAUGGUCUACGCACUCGGCAACAUUGUCGUGUCUCUGGCGGCAGUGACAACCUGGGGACUGCCAUCAAUGGAGCUGACGUACCUGGGGCUGAUGCUCAUCGCCAUCGGCACGGGCGGCAUCAAGCCCUGCGUGGCCUCGUUCGGCGGCGAGCAGUUCACCGUGCCGCAGCAGGCCAAGCAGCUGGCCGGCUUCUUCAGCGUCUUCUACUUCUCCAUCAACGCCGGCUCGCUCAUCUCCACGUGGCUCACGCCCGAGUUGCGCACCGUCACCUGCCUCGGCAUGGACACCUGCUACCCGCUCGCCUUCGGCGUGCCCGCCGUCCUCAUGAUCGUCGCCAUCGUUAUCUUCAUUGCCGGCAGUAGUGGCUACAAGAUCACCAAACCAAAGGGGAACGUGAUGGUUGAAGUCUCCAAGUGCAUGGGGAGCGCGUUGGUCAACAAGAUCAAGAGCAAGGAGAAGAAAGAGCACUGGCUCGACUACGCGGACGCCAAGUACGGCGAAACGCUGCGCAGGGACAUCAGGGCCGUGCUCCGGGUGCUCAUCCUCUUCGUGCCCAUGCCCAUCUUCUGGGCGCUAUACGACCAGCAGGGCUCCAAGUGGACGUUCCAGGCCAAUAACAUGAACGGCCGAAUCGGCUCGUGGGUCUUCAAGCCGGACCAGAUGCAGGUGGUCAACCCCAUCCUGAUCAUGAUCCUCCUCCCGCUGUUUGAGUACGCCGUCUACCCUCUUCUGAGCAAGAUGCGCCUGCUGAGGAAGCCGCUGCAGAGGAUCGCGACCGGCGGCAUGCUGGCGGCCGUGGCGUUCAUCAUCUCCGCCCUGAUCCAGAUCCAGCUCGACCCCAACCUGCCCCGGGACCCGGAGCCCAACUUCGCCCAGGUCCGAGUCUUCAGCAGCCUGCCUUGCGAGGUGACUCUCAGCGGCACGGGCGGCAGCGACGCCCAGGCUAUCACCACCUUCCAGCUGCCGUCACUCAGCCACUGGGAGCAGCUCGACUUUAAGACCGAAGGCUCCUCCGACCUGAACCUGCACAUCAAGGGGGAGGGAAAUUGCGUGCCCGAAACAAGCCUCAAGCUCACCCUCACGGAAAAGACGGCUGUGGCGUACCACCUCUACCUCGAUGGCGACAAAGUAGCUCACGCCGGCCCGUACAAGGACGACUUUUUCAAGGAUGCUGUGGCUAAAACGCGGAUAAUGUACCACUUCGCUGACAGCUCGGAGCACGUAGUGGGCUUCAAGCUCGAUGGGAAGGUGGUAGACAAGAAGGCUAGCGUGACAGGCACGGGCGUGGCGGAAAUAUUAGAUCUGGAACCUGCCGAUUACACCGUCAUAGUCGAUGGUGUGGACAUAAGCACGGCUCGGCCAUACUUCGACGUCGGAGGAUUUUACUACGUUCUCGUGGAUAAGAGCCUCCCUGCCGUUGCCUCAGUUUCGGUCGUGAUCGAGCCCAACACGCUGAGCCUCUUCUGGCAGAUGCCGCAGUACAUCGUGAUCAGUGUGGCCGAAAUCAUGGUUUCCGUUACUGGAAACGAGUUCUCCUUCACCCAGGCACCAAACAGCAUGAAGGCCGUCGUGUUCUCGGCCUGGCUGAUCACGGAUUCGUUCGGUAACCUCAUCAUCAUCCUCAUCGAGAGUGUCAAGAUCUUCCCCCGCCAGUCGGACGAGAUUUUCCUGUUCGCCGGCCUCAUGGUGUUCAUCAUGAUCGUGUUCAUCUGGCUGGCGGUUCAGUACAAACCUGCGCCCCCACCCGCAUCCGAGGAGGAAGAGGAGGGCGAGGAGGAGGACGCCGGGGAGGAGAAGAAGAAGAAGAAGGGGGCCGAGGGCAAUGGGGAGAAGUUUUAGGGACGUGCCCGGGAAUUACACAAAAUAUGUAACUUCGAUAAGGGCGAUUUCUUAUGCAACUGACAACACAACUCUCAGUGCAGUACAGUGACAGCACUCAAAAAAGUUGCGUCAUUAGACCAACACCAUGUCGUCGUUAGAAUGACUCUAUAGCGACAUGAGGUGCUGACUCAACGAUAAGCGUCUCGGUACAACGACGGUGGUCGGAAGGUUGGCCAACAGACUGUCUUGGGACCAAUGGAAACAACUCGACGAUCGUCGUAGCCGCGACCGUUGCAACAACGUUAUACUUUUUUUAGAGUGCCCGAGGACUGACGUACUCUCAAGCCCAACCUCGAAUCACAGCGAAAUGUUCGACGACAGACAUGUUCCAAGGACUGAUAGGACACCGCGCGAGGAAUAAUAUCUAUAAAACUCU